UUGUACCGAAACCAAAAAAAGAAACCUAAUCUGAAGAUCAAAGUCCUGGAAAGGAAGCCCUAAACUUGUUUAAAUAGAAGUAAAAAUUAAAGAAGAUACUAUAACUGAGUAAAUUAAGAAUGGAGGAACAAUGCUGAAAGAGUAUUCUAAACAUGCAUCAGAUGUUGUCUAAGGUUAGGAUGAUGUACGAGUUUUCCAUAAAUAUAGCAGCACAUCAAAUAAAGAAAUGAAAAAAAGAAUAAGAAGUUUGUAAAUGGGAUAUUAUAAAAAGAUGAAUUUGUGGAAAAUUUAGAGAAAAUGGAGAAGGAAAAAAAACCUCAUGAUUAUUAAGUUAUUUUGAAUGCUCUUAGUUAACAUUAUUUCUUUGCACAUAUUAGCGAUUAACACAAGUAUAGAUUUAAUUAUGAGCCAAGAGAAGACAUUGUAAUGAAAAUGUUUUAUUGCAGAGUAGCAGCAAAUGAAUUUGUUUUUUAAGAAAAUGAUUAAGCAAAUGCCUAUUUUAUUUUUGAUUAAGGAGUUUGUGAUAUUUUGGGGAUGUAAAAAAGUAACUUUCUAUUGGAGAAGGUUUUGGGGAAUUAGCAUUAUUAUAUGGAGCACCUCGCUCUGCUUCAGUUAAAACAAAAGAUGGUUAGUUUUUGUUUUAAAUUAGAGUGUUUCUUUUGGUGUAUUGAUAGAGGGACUUUUAGAGCUGCGUGGAAGAGCUGGUUUAAAAAGAAUAUGAUGAAAAUAGAAAAUGUAUUGAUUCGAUCAAGUUUUUUGAAU